AGUUAAAUCGCAUCAUAGCAUUGAUCCAGUCUUCGCUCUAAAGGCCACAGGGUCGCCCUCGCUUCUUUUCCUCUCCGAGCUAGGGUUUUAGGCUUUUGUUCUCGCGGCGGUCUUCCUCGGUUCCUUUGAAAGGAUGGUGCGAGUCAGUGUCUUGAAUGAUGCUCUUAAGAGCAUGUACAAUGCCGAGAAACGUGGAAAGCGCCAGGUGAUGAUUAGACCCUCCUCCAAAGUGAUCAUCAAGUUCCUUCUGGUCAUGCAGAAGCAUGGAUAUAUUGGUGAGUUUGAAUAUGUAGAUGACCACCGAGCCGGUAAAAUAGUGGUUGAAUUGAAUGGGAGAUUGAACAAAUGUGGUGUUAUUAGUCCUCGCUUUGAUGUGGGUGUUAAAGAAAUUGAACCCUGGACUGCAAGACUGCUUCCUUCUCGACAGUUUGGUUACAUCGUGCUGACAACAUCUGCGGGCAUUAUGGACCAUGAAGAAGCUAGGAGGAAGAAUGUCGGUGGCAAAGUGCUUGGCUUUUUUUACUAGAUGUGGCUUCCGCCAGACAAGCAGGAACGGAUUGUAGCAAUCUUAUUUUUUUUAAUAUUAAGGAAUUUUAAGGAAUUUUGGAACUAUGUAGCUGUUGUUUGCCGUUUGGUUUUCUGACGUUUAAGUUUGAUGUUGAAUGCCGUAGGUGUUUGCGAGACCUUUAUUUUUGAAGAUACAACCUUGAUUUCUGCUUCACUAGUUAAUCCACAACAAUUAUUUUCUUA